AUCACAGGAUAAAUCACGGUAACUGUAAAUAAAGUAUUCAACACAUGUUUUCCAUCGUACAAACAAAGUAUUAUGAAUUCUUUUGACUAUCUUCUCCAAAUACUUCUUAAAUUAAAUAAUACUUGAUGCAAAAUAUAAAAGAGAUAAGUUAAUAAUAAAAUUUCAACAUGAAAUGUAUUGUACCAGGUGCGAAUGUAAGAGUUUUAGCAAAAGCUAUACAUGCACUGGCAAAAAUUGGAGAUGAAAUGUAUAUAGAACCACAAAUCAAUGCCAUAUCAUUUCGUACUGUUAACUUGGCCAAUUCUGCAUAUGCAGAUUUUACAUUCUACGAAACUUAUUUCUCCUACUAUGUGUAUGGCGAUUUGCAAGAAAAUGAUGCAUUGAAAUGUAAAAUUUCAAUGAGGAGCGCAAUGAUGGUGUUUAAAACUCCAAAUUUAAUAGAAAAACAAGUCGAAACAUGUCACAUUAGACUGGAACCAGAAGCAUCUGAAAUUCUAUUUAUUUUAAAGUACAAAAAUAGUAUUAUAAAAACUCAUUUGUUACCUAUAUUGGAUUGUGAAAUAUUGCAGACUGCAUAUGAUAAAGAUUCUGCGACAAACCAAUUUUCAUCUCAAGCACGUGUAUUAGGAGAUGCGAUGCUAAAUUUUCAACAAAACUUAAUUGAAAUCACAUUGGAAGUUUCGACCCAAAAACUUUUAUUAAGGAAUUAUGUAGAUGAUGCUUCAGGUUUAUCAAAUACAACACGUACACAGCUUGCGCUUGGAAGGGGAGAAUUUGAUCGAUAUGAUAUUAAUACAGAUACAUCAAUUACAUUUUGUAUGAAAGAAUUCAAAGCUAUCUUGAAUUUUGCAGAAACUGUACUGAUUCCAAUUAGCAUAUAUUUUGAACAAGCUGGAAAACCAGUUAUAUUUGGAAUAAAAAAUGCAUCCUUCGAUGGAAACUUAGUGCUUUCUACAUUAAGCUCUGGUAUAGAUAGUCAGAGUGAAACAACGGUAAUUGGCAGACAGGAAAAGUCUACUAAAAGAAGAGCAGGAAAUAGACGAGCUCCUAGGAGGCCCAGUAAAUCUACUAGUAAAGUUGAAAAUAAAACAACCACGAAUAAUAAAACUUUAGCAAAUGCUUCUGUUAAAGAUACUCAUGCACACUUAAUAGAAAAGAAGAAACAAACGAACGAACAUAGUUGUAAAGAAAGAGAUAAAUCGCAAUUAAAUGUUUCUGAUAGGAAUACGAAAAAUAAUCAAAGCUAUAAUAAUACAAGUUAUUUACUAAUAGAACAAAAUAAACAAGAACAAUCUCAUACUAAAACGAUAGAACAGAAUAAUCGAAAAAUAUUACACAAUAUUCCAGCAACCAGUUACAGUACAACUAUACAUUCUAAAGCAAGUACAAGUGGAAAAGAUAUAGUGAAUUCUGUAUUUUCCACAAUAACAAAAAGAAAAUCCACUAAUGAUGAAACAGGUGGACAAGAGAACAGAAAUCAAGAUAAAUCUGACAUCUUAGAAACAAUACCAAAUUCACCACCUCCGCCAGCUAAAAAAGCUCGUUUAAUAUUUCAAAAAUGCUUUCAGAAAACAUUUGAUCCAAGAACAUUGCCCGGAUAUGACAUAGUUCUAGCUGAAGAUUCGGAUGACUGUAGUAGCGAAUAAAAAUUUUGUAUCUAUUUGUGAAUUAAACAAAUGUCCCUACAAA